AUGUUGCCAAAGCUAAAGCACGUAGCUGUUCCUCGCCAUCCGCUCGCACGGCUAUCGGUGAAGAUCGUCGAAGUGGAGUCGGCUCCGGCUGGGAAAAGGAUGGUGCGGCGUUACGACCACACAUAUCAUGGUAUUAAAGAACGGAGGGGCGCAUUGACAAACCGUUGUUCAAACGAACCUGUUGCAGCGGAUGGGUCGUACAGAGUGGAUGGUGACAGCGCUCCGGAUGGUCCUUCAGUAGCCACCGGGCCAGGGGUUGCAGAGGGCCUCCGCACUGCGGGUGGGCUUGGCACUGCGGAUGAGGCUGGUGCAGCGGAAGGGUGGGUCGCAGAAGCGCGUGACGGUGUUGCGGAUGAGGCUGGCGCUGCGGACGGCCCUGGCGCUGCCGAUGGGCACGCCGACCCGGAUGAUGCAGGAGCCCCGGAUGUGUGUGGAGCUGAAUUGGGUGUCGGUGCUGUGGACGGGCGGGGCGCUGCGGACGGCCCUGGCGCUGCAGAUGGGCUCGGCGUUGCGGACGAUGCAUGUGCUGCGGCUGGGCGGUUCGCAGCAACGGGCGACGGUGCUGUGAAUGGGCGGGGCGCUGCGGACGGCCCUGACGCUGCAGAUGGGCUCGGCGCUGCGGACGAUGCAUGGGCUGCGGCUGGGCGGUUCCCAGAAGCGGGCGACGGUGCUGAGGACGGGCGGGGUGCUGCGGACGACCCUGGCGCUGCAGAUGGGCCGGGCGCUGCAGAUGAUGCAGGUGCCGCGGACGGGCGGGCCGCAGGUAGCAGGUGCCGGUGCCGUGGAGUGGCGGGGCGCUGCUGA